AGGGCCAAAACAAACCAAUAUAUCUAAACCCUACACAAGAGAUCAGAGAGCUCAGCCAGAAAUUAGAGACACCAAAAUGCGGCGGUGCUCCGAGCCCUGGAUGUUGGUCGCGGUGGUGGUCGUAACCUUUGCUGCCGUGCUCGGUCCGAUGCUGUUAGUCACGGCGCAUCAUCAAUCGACCGUGUCCGAGAGAAUCACGUCCUUGCCGAGGCAGCCGAUGGUGGCGAGUUUCGGGCAGUUCGGCGGGUAUGUAACGGUGGAUGAGAAGGAGGGGAGAGCUUUGUUUUAUUACUUUGUUGAAGCAGAGUCUCAAGCUGCUUCCAAGCCCCUUGUUCUUUGGUUGAAUGGAGAUACUUUGGCUGGAUGUUCAUCUGUUGGAGGUGGAGCUUUCAUAGAACAUGGGCCCUUUAAAGUUGAUGGUGAAACUUUGGUCAAAAAUGAAUAUAGUUGGAAUACAGAAGCAAAUAUGUUAUACGUAGAGUCACCUGCGGGAGUUGGCUUCUCUUACUCUACUAAUAAAUCAUUCUACUUGAACAUAAACGACGUCAUUUCAGCUCGGGAUAAUCUCGUCUUUCUGCAACAUUGGUUCGAGAAGUUUCCUCAAUAUAAAAAGAGAGCUUUCUAUAUUGUCGGAGAGGCUUAUGCAGGAGGACACUAUGUGCCACAACUUGCACAACUCAUUGUUAGUUCAAAAUUGAAGAUCAACCUCAAGGGGAUAGCUAUAGGGAAUCCUCUUCUGGACAUUCAGAUCGACGCGAAUGCCCUAGACGACUACUGGUGGUCUCACGGCGUAAUCUCCGACGCCGGCUACAACCUUCUCACCGCCGUCUGCAACGCCUCUCGUCUCGUCACCGAAGGAAUCACCAAAUCCCUCUCUCCCGCCUGCAUCUCCGUCGCCACUCACCUCUCCAAAGAGCUCUCUCCCGCCAUCGAUUACUUCAAUGUCGCCGCCGGCGACGCCUGUCCCUCCGCCAACGCCUCACGCUCGGGCGAUUUCGAUCGCGAUGAUCCUCUGCGCUCCAGUUUGUACCAAGCCUUGUUCUUCGGCCUUCCGCAGUCGGACACUGACCGCAAUUCCGGCCAGGCAGGACGAGGAGAUCGAGACGCGUGUGCAGGAGAAUACGUAACGGAAUACUUGAACAGACAGGAUGUGCAGAAAGCGCUCCAUGCGAAGCUGGUUGGAUUUCCGAGAUGGAGUCUCUGCAGAUCGAUGAAAGAAUGGAAAUAUGAUCUGAGGAACAGAUUGGUGCCUACUACUGAUUUCGUUCGCGCGCUUGUGAAGUCGAAAAUUCGAGUACUGGUGUACAGUGGAGAUCAAGAUUCAGCUUUACCAUUUAUUGGGAGUCGGAAACUGCUGGAUUCAUUGGCUAAGUCGUUGGAUCUACACCCAACUGCGCCUUACAGAGCCUGGUUUGCUGAUAAAAAGGUCGGCGGGUGGACUCAAGAGUAUGGUAAUUUUCUAUCUUUUGCCAUAGUGAGAGGUGCUUCUCAAAGAACAUCACAAACACAGCCCAAGAGAUCUCUAAUACUUUUAAAGUCAUUUUUAGCUGCAAAAUCACUGCCACAGUCCUGAUCUCUGCUUCAUCAUUCCACUCUCAGUUGAAAUCUAUCCAUCUUCUAUUGUUCAGAAAACUGUAUCAGGUUGGAUAUUUGGAGCUAAUAAAUGAUCAGUUGCUUUCCUGGAGAUGUCCAUGAAGAUUUUCA